CCUUGACGCUGGGCAUAUGGAGGGCCGGGAGGUGGGUUGUACGGAGAACCCUGGGGAUAUCCUUGAGGAGGGGCAAAGUCGCCGCCAUAUUGUCCAGGAUAGCCACUGUUCUGCUGCUGAUGGUGGUGGUGGUGGUGAUGGUCAUGGUGGUGGUGAUGUCCUGGAUGUGUAUCUCUCGAAACGGGUGGAGGCGCUCCUCCGUAGCUGUAUGAUUGAAGAAUGAGUUGCUAGUACGAGCGAGAAUAAUAGUGAAGGUGGGUUGAAGUUGAAUUCGAAUAAUCUGCCCUGAAGGAGGAGCAUCGUAUCAUGUCAUUUGCCUGGCGAGUCGCUACGGAUGUAUGGUUGCCUCGAAGGGUUGAGACCUUUCAGACUGGCUACUCCAGACUUUUCCCGCUCUUGGGUUCGAUACCUUGAAAUGUGAAGAAUACAUGAAGCACUCACGGACUGGGAAACCCUCCUGCACCUGAAGACGGCCACAUUAGCUUUACAAGGCUUGGAUGUCAAAGAUUCACGAGGUCGAACGGAG